GGAUACCAGGACCAGACCAGCCCCAAAGCUCCAGCACAGCACGCUCCGAAUGAAAUUCUUUACAAUAAUUUUUGUGAGAUAUAUUAGGAGUAAACAUUUUAUCUGAAUUUUUAAUUUUCUUAUUUUUUAUUGAAAUAUUCUGUAAGUCUUUUACUUACAGUUGUUUGUUUGACAUCUCUAAAACGUACCAAAGACAAGAAAGAUUUUUCGUUUGACGUUUCAGUUCCAGCUACUUUCCAGCUGCAAAACUGACUGACGUUUGUGUGUAAAAAAUUGUGAAGUGAGAGACCGAUCUCGAGCUGUUUAUUAUUUACAUUUCAUUUAAUCCGAUUAUCGUAACCAUUAUCUGUGUCACAAGAAAUUUCGUAAUCUUGAACAUUGGCAACGUAAACAUCUACAAUGGAAGUGGAUCAGUACACGAGUGAUUGGAGCUACACCGGCGAAGGGUCGCGGCUGCCGCUUAUUGACGAAUCCACGGCUCUAGGAACUCAAGCUCCGAAAGACAGGCUGAUAGCAGUGCUGGACCAGGUGGAGAUGCGCGUGGAACGCCUCCGACGAGACACAGUGCGCAUUGAGGAGGAGCGUGACUCUCUGCUCUCUACCUUGGAUAGUGUAAAGCACUCGGAACUGCUGGCAGAAGUCUCGGAAUGCGACAGAGACGAUAUCUCGCGGUACGCGGAGCGUAUACUGGCGCGGGCGCAGACGGUGGAGGUGUGCGUGCGCACCGACCGCGACCCGCAGCAGGAGGAGGCUCUGCACCAGGUAAACAUGUACAUCGACCAACUAGUAGUGUCGGUACAAGACGACGCGUGCACGGCGCACGCGCGCUGCCAGGCCUACAUGGCGGCGUGCUCCAGCGCGAGCGACUCGGCCGCCACCGACAAGAACUUCGAGACCGCCAUCCUGGGCUGCACGCUCGACGACCAGAAGCGCGUCAAGAAACGCCUGCAGGGGCUCAUGGACUACUUCGCUAAGAAGAAUGUGACCUCGUGCUCGUGAGCGUGUGAUUGUGUAAUGUUGGCACUGCUGGAUGAUAGUGGGUUGUGUUAAAAAAAUCGUACCAGAAAAGCUAUUAAGGUUUUGUCUAGCGUUCACAGAUACUGGGACGUUUCACGUGAUUAUUUCCCUAGAACAUCUAAAGGUAGGAUCCCAUCAGUAUACGGCACUGUGCGGUACAAGCAUUUUUGUGCUUAAUAUGCUUGUGCCGUACAGUGCCGCACACUGGUGGAAUCCCGUCUUAACACUUCGAACUUUGCGACACAUAAUACAACCAAAGUGUUAUUAAUGUGCUUCCCAGUAGAUGGCGCCGUAUUUUGUAGUACUUAACUGGACUGUUAAACGUUAACUUUAGACAGCCAGUUUUUCUGCAUAAUUUACAUUAGUUAUCGAACUAUAUCUCGUUUGUUUAGCAUUAUAAUAAGGGUGAACAAUCUUGAUGUGACUUUUUAUUGAAUAUGGCUUUAAAAAAAAUAGUAACUAUUACUUAAGAAAGCAAAAAACGUAAAUAUAAUAGCUACAUAGUUGCUGAGACUUACUUUUCAAUAAAAAUACACAUCAAGAUUGUUUAGCCUUUUUUUAAUGCAAAAAAAAAACGGGCAAGUGCGAGUCGGACUCGCCCACCGAGGGUUCCGUACGUUUUGGUAUUUGGUGUUAUAGCGGCCACAGAAAUAAAUUGCAACUGUCUAGCUGUCACGGUUUAUGAGAUACAGCCUGGGGACAGACGGACAGCGGAGUCUUAGUAAUAGGGCCCCGUUUUACCCUUUGGGUACGGAACCCUAAAAACGAGGCAUAGAAACACAAUUUUUUUCUUACACUGCAUCUCUUCUACAAUGAAUAUUUUUUUGAUAUAGAUACAUAUAAUAUGAAAGUAUAAAAAAAAUCGUUUAACUACCAACUUACAGAAGUGAUAAUUUAAUAGGAGGUUCCAUAUAAACUAAAAUACCUUCACUAGUGAAGUGCUCUGGGGAAAUUAACUAAAAUAGAGUUUAGGCAAAAUUAAACUUUGUGUCAGCGUCAUAGAAACUGACAAUGUUUAUUCAUUAUUAUUUAUGUCUUGUGGCAGACAUUGGGCAGCAGUGUCACUGUUAUAGACUAGUAUUAUUUAUUAUCGCUACGGUAGUUCGAUUUUGUAUCGCAAUGUCGGUGUUCACGCCUUUCCACGACAGAGUUGUGUCACUUAAGUUUCUGAUAUCUCUCUGCUUCGAUGUGUAUAGGCCCACUUUAUAAAAGCUUGUAAUUUGUAAAACAAGCCAAAAGCCUUAUAAGCCGUGUUGUUAUAUCCCGGAUUCUGUGACGGCUGUUUGAUUGCCCCAAUUGGUCAACAAAUAUAUCAUUGUCGUACAUAAUUGGUCCAUUGAAUUGAUUUUAGUAUCUGGUAUAUAAAAACAUGGUGUAGCUCCUGCUUGCUUUUGCGUUACAAAUUACAAAAUAAGCCUCAAGUGCUAUUGUUCAUUGCGGUGAGUAUUUAUUUAAUGCUUCUUCAUUUGCAUUUUCUCUUCAAAUGUAUGUUUACAUUUUUACUAAAGCUAGCUCAAGCGGUUUACGCGAUUCUUUCGACACAAAUAAGUAUCUCAUGCGAUUGUCGCAAUGUGCAAUGUAGACAUUUAAUUCCAAAAGUUGUUAUCAUGUGCUUUGUCUUGCUUUAAAUCCUUUGGUAUCUCUGUGUGGUGUGUACCAUCAGCCUGCGUGGCGAGCGUGCAGCGCGGCGGGCGGCGGGCGGCGGCCGUGCCCGCUCGCCGCUCACACGCCUACGUUUGCAUUUGUUGAACAUAAACGCCGUACGCUCCGCCCAGCGGCACUCGGGCUGUAUACUAACAUAAAAAUCUAAUGUUAAGAGAAAGGCCAGGGGGUAUUUCAAUCGCCUUCCGACCGACAAAUGUCUGUAUUUUUAGUAGUUAUUUAAAAAAAAACUUUAUACAUUCACCAAUAAGGCAAAUUGAUUUAUUCGAAGUUUGUUGUCUUUAGACAUACUUCCAUACGUUUGUCAGAUAUAUUGUUUGUGUUAGAGAAAUAGCUUUAUUUUUGCAUUCUUAAGUAUACGGACCAGAAAUGUAACAGAGAUGUUAGUCUUUUGACUAUUAUGAUGCAGUAGUCUUAAACUUAUUUAGACGUUUGUGUUGAAAUUUGGUUGGUACUUUUCACCGAUAGAUAAAUUCAUUAGUUAUUGGUAUUUUUUUGAUUUUAUCCUAUUCAUUCUGCCAAAAUUGAAGAUGGGUAUUUCAUAUUUGGCCAUAUUUGAUAAUGUGUAAAUUCCCAAUCUUAUAACUCAGAUAUAAGGUCUAAAAUGCAAAUGUAAAUAUUAUUUAUAUGGUCAUCAUGAUAUACAGAGUGGGACAAAGACGGGUACUGCCAACACAUGAAAAAGAUAGGUAAAGGGGAAUGUUGAUGACUACAAGUUAUGCUCACAAUUUAUGCUUCUUUUGAAGUAAUAGUGAAUAAUUUUAGUAAAAAGAAGUGUAUUUUUAUGUAAAGUUUUGUAAACACUUCAACACGUUCCCUGUCCGGGCGCCCCCAAUGUGGGGUCAUGAAACUUUUUCAAGAGUCCGUGUUCCAUGGGUUCACAACUUCAAAUGACCCCACAAUUUGGUCGUGUGACUUUGUCAUAUCAAUUUGUAUGGGGACAGUGAACGUGUUAAUGCACAUUGGGGUGAGAAGAUUUCGAGAAGUUGUCAGAAAAGUGUCACAUGAAGUUAGUUAACAAUUGAGUUUAAGUCAUUCGACUCUUUGGUUUUUAGCUUUUUUCGAUGCAAUGUUGUCUGUUAUAUAAAGUCGAUUUGUAAUUGUCUACCAGUUCUAGAUUAAGGCACAUUGAUAGCGCCCCUUCUAAGUUUGAUGCUAGUGAUUAUCUUUAGAUAAUUCCUAUCUUGUAUGGUUAGAAAAGGUGCGAGUGAGGACACUUUGGUUUUGCGGAAGAGUCAACAACUCUUGCCGGUCGAUGGUUACGACUACGAGUAAAGCAUUCAUUACUAUAGCGUUUUUAUAAUUUUAUAUGUAAUAUACGUAUAAUAGCUAGAUUUAAAAUUGAACAAAUGUUACUUAUUUUUGUGUUAAAGUUGCACUGCCUGGUUCGAUGUGGUUUACUCUUGUUAGGAUCUUAUUUUUAUGCCAUUGGUUUGCUAAAAUGCGAGUCGAGUGUCUUUUAAUUGAUAUGGAAAAUUGCCUUUUUGAUGAUUAACGAAAUUGAUAAUGCUAAAGCUAUAAAAAAUGUAAGUAGGUACUUAGUGUUAAGGUUUGGUGUCUGGGAGACGAAAUAGAUACGUAGUUUCCGGUAAUGAAAAUUGUUUUCUUUGACAGCAAAGAAUUAUUGAUUGUAAAAUAUAUGUUAAAUCGAAUAAAAAUCGUGAUUGAUGGCGGCUCUGGACAUAAUGUAUAUCGUACUCUGGCUAUCUAAAGUUUACCAAAAGUUUUUCAGCGUCAGCUACUAGAGCUCUCAACGUCGACAAGAUUAUUUCUCCACAUCUACCAUCAAUACCUCUUUCUUCGAUAGUAAUCGGUCUUGGACCCUGAUUUGUUAGUGACUUUUGGUUGUAAUUCGUGCUACACUUACUGAUGUGCAAUCGGAAAGUUUUCAAAAAUGCGAAAUUUCCACAUGGAAAAUUUUCUGAAACAUCUCAUAUUUUUGUAUGAGAACCGAAAUGUUCUAUGUAUUUCUAAAAUUAUGUUAGAAUGUUUGUGUUGUUAGAAACUUUCUCAGGAAAAAAAUCCAGAAAUUUCCGGGAACUUAUCCAUCUUUUUGAAAACUUUCCGCAACUUGCACAUGCAACCACAAGCGGUUACAUCUUUCUGACGGCUACUUCUAGAGGCUACUACUUGUAGGACACUUGUAGCUGUCAGAUUCGUACUACACUCUGUGGUCGUCUCCCGGCCGCCGAGCGGGAGUGGCCGGCUUGCUUCAAGCAACUUGUACUGUAAGAAACUCCAAAGUACCUCUUUAUUUAUAUUGUAAUGUCUAAUAAAAUAUGUAACAUUAUAUAA